CAGCUGUGAAGAAAUAUCCCGCCACAAUGAGGAAAUCAGGGAGAAGAUGAGUCAUUGGGAUACACAAGCAGUACAGAAUGGGACAAGAAAUGGCCACCCUCAUUGAAUGUGCCCCACAAGACCUCGCUGCCCGAGGGCAUCAGAAUCGGCACCGUGAUGAGAAUUCGUGGCGUUGUCCCUGAGAAAGCUGGCAGGUUUUAUGUAAACCUGCUGUGCAGCGAGGAGGAGGGCAGCGAGGCCGCUCUGCAUUUCAACCCUCGGUUGGAUGAGUCCGUGGUGGUCUUUAACACCAAGAAGGGGGGCACCUGGGGCCAGGAGGAGCGCGGCCGUGGCAUUCCUUUCCAGCGUGGGCAGCCCUUCGACGUGCUCCUCAUUACCACUGAAAAAGGCUUCAAGGCGGUGGUCGGAGACUCGGAAUACCAUCAUUUCCUCUACCGCAUCCAGCCCGAGCACGUGCGCGUGAUGGAGGUGGGUGGGGACCUGCAGCUGGAGUCGGUGAAGAUCUUCUGAGCCUGCGAGGGGAUCGAGUCCAGGACCUGGAUGGCAAA